AUGAUCAACAAUAUUGCAGGGACUACAGAUGCGCCUGCUGAGGGGCUGAUGAUGAACUGGCAGCACCGCGGCGCUAAGCGCAGCCAUCGCGACGUCGACGAUGACCCUUGGGACGCAGAGAUGGGGCUGCCAGACGCCGUGGAGGCCGCAGUGAGAAGGCGCACGCAGUGGGCGCUGGGAGACCAGGACGUAUGUUUUGAAGCGUUCCACCGGCUUUUGGGAAUUGGGAAACACAGGCUGUUGAAGGCAAUUGCAGGGACGCUCGACAUGAGGAGGACGCUGCCUGGCAUGCAGCAGAAACCAGGUCUUCGGGAGUCACUGCAGACUAAGUUGUGCGACCGUUUCUUCGCGGAGCUAUAUAUGUCAUCGGCGGAGCCAACGCCGACUGAAUUUAGGGAUUGCGGCAAGGAGGAUCAUUUUGAGGCUAAUAAUGAGAGCGGGUCUAAUGGCGGGCCCCUGGACAUUGCAUUCUGCGAGCGCGACAUGGCCUCCAUGUUGCCGCAUUUCAUGCAGAACCCGUUGCUAGUCCAGGACAAUACCAGCGGCCCCCACCUGCCUGUGCGGAUGCUGCAAUACAGCCGCUUGCACGAUCUGUAUUGGUUGUUCCUCGCGACAGUGGCGCUAUGGCUGGACCCGCUGGGGCUAAACAUGCCAGAGCACAUAGUUAUCCAAUCGGACAACCCGACAAACCAGGCGAAGAACAGCCUGACGGGGAUGUUCCUGGCGCUACUCGUACAGAGUAAAAGAUUCCUAACUUGCACAUUGAAUUUCCUUACUGUUGGGCACACCCACGAAGAUGUAGAUCAGAUAUUCGGUAUCAUUUGUGAAAGGCUUCGGCGCGCUGGGCAUUGGGAUGCGCCCCGUGCUCUGGCGCUAAUCAUGCACGAGGGCAUGGCGGAACAUUUCCGGGCCUGCGGCAUGGACAUCAGCGUGGAGGAGUUUGGGGCUACAAGGGAUUUCAAUUCUUGGGUUUCCCAGUGCAGGUGCGAGCUGUACAGCGCUUUUGCCCAGCGGUCCAACAAGCAGGCGGCGUUGAAUGAAAAGAUUUUGAAGGUCGUCCCGAUGCCUACAACGGCGCUAAGCACGCAGGUCCCUGACGGCAAGGCCGACGGUGUGAUGCUCCACCUCACUCAGUUCCACAUGGGCCCGCAGCUCACUGUGAAGGAACAGCGUCCGAACGAAGCUGGGAUGGCUCGAGUUCUCGCAUGUUUCAUGGUUGCGGUGCCUGCGGCGGAGGGGUGGCUGACCCCAACGGAGGUGGAGUGCAUUCGCCCGGUGUUGAGUACGUUCUCCGUGCUCCAUGGCAACUGGGACAACCAACGUGACUCUGGAAGCCUCUUCGCAGCCAUCGCUGCCAAGCAUGGGCGGGGCUUGACGCAGCGGGUGGAUCCGGACACGUUGCUCGAGAUGUUCGCCCCCAUCGUUGCCGAACGGAAGGCCAAGGAGCCAAUGGUCUUGCUUACGGAGUCGGAGUGGCUGGACAGGGUCAUCAAUUCGUACAGCGACUCUCAGGUUGCAACUGGCUUGAAGAUCUCGCCUCAAGAACGCGCUGCAGCGCACGCCCUGACCUGCGCCGGACCAGAGGCCCGUUCAAUUGUCCGGUCUUGCUGGAACAGCUUCAAGUUGGCCGAGUCCCCGAUCACGCUCGACAUGUUGACCAAUGGCAGUAAUGGUCCAGUUGAAUUAGGCAUCCUGAUUCAAGAGUUACCGCACGGUGUGGAUGACGCAGAGUGGAAGUCGGCGCUAAGUCUCAGCGUGCAAGGGUACUCGCUGUGGCUCCAGAGAUCACGUGAGAAUUACUUGGCCAAGUACAACAUCCUCCGCAACACCCGCAAGAAGGGCCAGGUGAACCUCCGCCAGAGCUGCAAGGAUAUGCGCGAGACUCAGCCCAAGCUGUCCGUCGCGCUCUGCCAGUGGUGGGCUCACAAUGAAGCUGGGCUCAGGUCGUUCCUGGGGGCGUCGUACGAGCAGACGAAGCAGCGUUUUCUCCGUGGGGCUAUAGACCAGUACAUUGAGGAGCACGUGCGCAAUUGCUCGCCGGGCGACUGCGCCGCUUUCUCGAAGAUUGCCGUCCUCGCUGGCCUGGCCACUGGAACAGGCGCCCGCGGAAGGGAGCUGCGGCGCGAGCACUCGGAUGCCGCCUCGGACAACAACGACGCUGCCGCCAACGACCCUCUUGCGAAGGAGGAGGCAGUGCUGAAGUACAAGAAGUUCAUGGCCCAGUUCAGCAGGGAGGAAUAUACAUUCACGACAUGGGUGAAUUCUGUCAAGGGUUUCGAGAGCAGCGCUGCCAACGCGCAGUUCAAAUGGAACCAUACCAACAACGAGAACAUGCGCCUGGCAAUCUCGCAGAUGUUCGACCAGGUGUUUCCUGUGCAGGAGGCCCCAAACAUCGAGAAAGGGGACAACAAAGCGCGCGCAGCGCAUCGCAGCGCCGAAGACUACUACGGCACAACCAGCAGCACUCUGAAAGUCCACUUGUUGAAUGGUACCUACUGCGGGGCUGUCAAUGAGGACCUACUCGGGAUGCUCCCGCGCCACGUCAGUGCCACAGUGAGGCGCGAACCAGAGAGCACGGUGUAUGUUAUCCUCAGUUUCCUGCGGGGCUACGGUAUCUCCACAGAGCGCCAUGCCCCGCGCCUCACGAUGCAGAAGGUCAUCAAGAGCCUCACCGAGGACCCAGACUUGAACCUCGAAGUGAACACUUUCACGCUGUGCUUCGAGAAGCGCCCCGCAGGUGGCUGGGCAGGGGGCCCGAUGAGGCUCGAGGGCGCACUCUGUUUCAGCGCAGACAGAACGAAGACGAUGGACUUCGCUUGUCGUUUUUCGAAAUCAGCCCUCUACCGCACUGAGACGACUGGUGCCCUCUGCAAGGCACACCCCAGGUCGUCCUAUGUGUGCCCCACCAACCCUGCAGUGCAAGGCUACCACUUCCCGGACACCUCGUUGGAGAAAAUGGACAAGCAGCGGUACACAGGCCCGGGCAUGUACUGGCCGCUCGUGAAAUCCCAGGCCGACAAGUGGUUGGAUCACUUCAACGCCCGCCACAACCCGAGAGGCAACUUUUGGGUGGACAGCAAGAAGCGCCCAGCUGAUUUCGCCGCCGAAGGCGACGAAGCGGUCACCCUGCCGAAGCUGUCUCCAGAGGACCCAGAGACCAUAGAGGAGCUCGAGAAGGGAGCAGCAGGCCAGGGCUUGAAGAAGGGGCUAAGCACCCUCCAGACUGGCUUGCUUGUGGCGAAGACGACGGAGGGCGCCGUCUACCUCUACGCAGAAGAUGCAGACAUGGUCGCCCGGAAGGAGAUCCGCUUCUAUGGAAAGCCGCCAUUCACAGACGCUGCGUUUUCGAGCUCCCCGCAGCCAUUGCGUCAGUUUUUGCAGUACUUGGAAAAGACGCACAAUGUGACAGAGCAUACGUUGGUGAACCACACGGUGGAGAGGACCGACGGCGGGGCUAAUAGCAACCCAGACUACAUUGUCAAGCAGGUUUUGCCAUGUAAGUUUCUACCAUCUAGCAAGGACGACAAGAACUGGUGCGUUGCCGUCACGUAUGCUAAGAUCGCCGCGUCCGAGCGGGUGCGUGUGAUGGUUGACAUCGAGUACCACCAGCAGCAGAACACGAUGUGCCCCGGGGACAUCCACCUCUUCCUGAAGCAGGACACCCGGAUCUACAAGAACAAGCUCACGCGCAUCGUGCGAGGCAGCGACCGUGGGAUCGAGGGCAUGCGAAAGUUCUUCGCCGACCACUUGUCGGCGGGCUUGACCUUGAAGGAGACGCACGCGCAGUGGCGCGAGAAGGGCGGGGCUAACCUGGCAGCCGGAGGACGCGCUCCAUUUCAGUUGGCAGGCAAUUUCAUCGACUGGAUGCGCGAUGGGCACCAGUAUUACUGCAAGUAUGGCCGCCUCGAGGAAAACCUCUCCACGGCGACAGCACUGGAGAAAUGGAAGGCGAUGUCUGAACGGGCCAAGGAGAAAUGGCACCGGAAGUCGCACAACCACAACGCAGUGAUCCUGGCCAUGAAGUUGAGCGACGCUGGCAGGGCGAGCCAUGGUAAGGCCGCGGAUUUAACCAUUGCCCUCAUGGGAAACAUCAAGAAGUCCAACCGCGAGGAGUGGCUCGCCGACAUAAUGAAGCACGCCGCCGGCAGCAGCGCUGACAGGCCCGCGGCGUCUCCGCAGCCCGCCGAGACGGCGGCUGGCUGGGAGGUGGGCAGCGCUGGGCGGGCGCUGCUGGGCCUGCCGGCGACUGGUGGCGCGCAGGCGUCGCUCGAGAAGGUGGCGUACGACAUGCUGAUCGGCGACGCCCCGGUGCCUGGGUGGUCCGAUCCGCAAUCGCAGCAGGACCAGCUGGAGACCCGGGUCUUGGAGGCGCUAAGCGCGGAGCACCGGCGGCGCCAGUGGGCGGCGGUGGUCAAGGAAGACCGCCGUCUCGCGACCUUGCCGCGCGUGCACUGGCUGUCGACUUAUCCGAAUAAUCUCAUUCCAUCGAAGCUCUUGACGGGGUGGGGCAUGAACUGGUGGCUCGGCGGCGUGGCGGCUGUGCAGGAUAGGGCUAAUAGCUUGGACUGGGACAUCCUGGUGGACUGCCUCGGCGCCGGGCCUGGAGGCGGGGUGCGGCAGUGGGCGGCAGGGCUAAGGGACCCAGUCCACUUGCCAGCAUCGUGGAGUUACCGCGGGGUCGCGCAGCAGCUGAGGGGUGCGAUAAGAACCCUGGCUGCGGCGCCGCGUGGGGCUAAGGUGCUCAUCUUCUGCCGCCAGGGGGAGUGCCGGUCGGCGUGCGUGGCUGCUGUGUGUCUCUGCGCCACGGGGCUAAUGAGGGUUGAGCAAGCGGUGCGCCUCGCGCGCGCGAGCCGCCCCCAGGCCCUCCCACCUGGCAACUCGCGCGCCAUGGAGGACAUCGCGAAACUCGAGAAGCUCUGGGAGAACGAGGGCGAGGCGCUAAGGCAUGCGGCUGCGGCAGGCUUCGACGAAGCCCAGUUGCCCUUGGGGGGGGCCGCCGUCACCGUGGCCUUCGAGCGCGGGUGCGCUCGCGUGAAGGGCGAGAGGGAGGCGGGGGGCUAA